AUGAGUACUAUCAACAGAGUGAAUAGCAAGGUGGGCAUAACUAUUGAAUCAAGAUUUGACGCAUUCGGGAAAAAAUUGAACACAACGUGCUACAAUUUCGAGGAUGACAAAGAAGAUUUCAGUGCUAAUUCUAACAAUAUUUCACCUGGUCGAAGUCGUUAUGGCAGGACAAUAAAACCUAAGUCUCCCAAGAAUGAGGUUGCCAGUUCUCCAAAGAAUUCUAAAAUGCCAAAAACUCGAAAAUAUCAACAUUCUUCUGACAGUAGUAUUGAGAGUGCAGAUGAAAAUAAUGUAACUAAUGACAUAGAUGAUACAAGCGAUUCUUCUACCAGUAUAAGUAUGUCAGAGGAAAAUGCUCCAAAAUUGAUUGGUUCACCGAUGCAGUGUAAUUGGUUGCUAGGUCAAUUAGCAUGGGCUAGAGUUGGUAAUUUUCCUUUUUGGCCUUGCGUGAUAACGCUUGAUCCAGUUUUAAUGGUAUAUCAUAGAUUAAAAGCUACUGCUAGAUCGCAAACGCUAAUGCUACAUGUCCAAUACUUUGGUGAUAAAGGACGUCACAGUUGGGUUUCAUCAAACUCUAUGAUUCCAUUUACAAAUCUUGCAGACUUCAAAAAAUUAUCAGAAUCAAUAACUGCAGAAGUUAAAAAGAGAGAUGUAAAAUAUGCUGCAGCAUUUGUUGUAAAGGCUGGUAUAAAAUCAAAGUGGGAAAGUGCGAUUGAAGAAGCUAUGGAAGUUCAAGCAAUGAGCAAUGAAGAUAGAGCUCGAAUUUUUAAACCAAAAGAAAAAAAUAUAAAAAAUAAAUCACCAAAAGCAUUGGACGAAAAAGAUAAAGAUAAUAAACGGAAAAACUUAAACGAUUUGAGUGGACCUGAUCUUAAACGGGCUAAACAAGAUAAUGUAUAUGAGUUGGAUAAAUCGCAAUAUAAAAUGGACGGAGCAAAACCGAAAAUGCUGAAAUAUGUUGAGAACGGUGAAAAUCAUUCGAGACUCAGUUCAGAUACUCCUCCAUUAUCUCCCUUAAGUCAAAGAGAUUCUAAUGAUGACGUUCCUAUUAUGCAGAAAGUUGAAUUUAAAUCUGAAGAGGAUAUAGAUGGUGUUUUUGAAGUUUAUUACGAACGCAACCGUGAUAUGUUAGAAGAUGAAUAUCCGGAUGCGUCGGAGAACGAUAUUAGAAGAUAUUUAAAAAAGACUUGGGAAACUAUGAAUUCUUCUUUCCGUAAAAAAUACAGGUCAUAUGUAGCGUCAGAUAGUACAGGUAGUCACAUGAAGGAGAAUUCGUCAGACCAUGAAGACGAUUUAUUAGUAGAAAUAGAUGGGAAUACCAAGGAUAGUAAAAAGUCAAGAAACAAAGUAGAAAAGGAAGAUAUGAGUGUUACAGAAACGAAAAGGAACAGACCCUACAAUCUUUUUAAAGGAAUGAAGCAAGAGAAAGUUUGUCAAAUAUGUGAAAAAACUGGAAAAUUGACUAGAUGUAAAGGUCCUUGUUAUUCAUAUUUUCAUCUUUCUUGUGUAAAACCAGGAGAAUCCAGUCCAGAACAUUCCAUCGAUGAGAAUACAAUGGAUGAUAAGAUUCUAGAUGACAUAAAAGAGAUUAAACGAAGUAAUAUCGAUGACGAUGAGCAUAAUGGAAAAAUGGAUGAACAAGAAGAUGAGUUAUUCAAAUGUAUUGAUUGUUUAUCAGGCGUAGCACCUGCUUGCUUUAUAUGCAAUGAAAGAGAAGGAGAUAGAAUAAGAUGUUCCGUAUUAGCUUGUGGAAAGCAUUACCAUUCGUCUUGCUUGAAAUCAUGGCCACAAUCUCACUGGCAGGGAGGUCGUUUAACUUGUCCGUACCAUGUAUGCCAUACAUGUAGCUCAGACAAUCCUCAGGAUAGCCACUCGAGGGCUACAAAUGAGAAAUUGGCACGAUGCGUUCGUUGCCCUUCAUCUUACCAUACAUCUACGUCUUGUUUACCCGCUGGUUCUGUGAUCUUAACCGGUAGUCAAAUAGUUUGUCCAAAACAUUACCAAGCACCACAGCCUCCGGUAAAUGCAGCAUGGUGUUUUUUAUGUACAAGAGGCGGAAGUCUUAUUUGUUGUGACACAUGUCCAACAUCGUUUCACCUCGAAUGUUUAGGAAUUGAUGCUCCGGAUGGUGCAUUUAUUUGCGAAGAUUGUGAAACAGGCAGGUUGCCUUUGUACGGUGAAGUCGUAUGGGUUAAACUUGGUAAUUAUCGCUGGUGGCCGUCCCGUAUUUGUUACCCUCAUGAAAUACCUGAAAAUAUAGAAGCUAUACCUCACAGUUCUGGUAAAUUUUGCGUAAUGUUUUUGGGAUCGAAUAAUUAUCAUUGGGUUCAUAGAGGACGGGCUUUUCUUUAUCAAGAUGGCGACGCUAACAUAAAACCACCGAUAGGAAAAAAAAAUAAUAGAGAUGAUACGUAUCGGAAAGCUUUAGAGGAAGCCAAUGAGAUUCACCAGCGUUUAAAAAUCGAAAGAGCAGCUGCUAAAGAUCAUGGACCACGGGGAUUGAAACCUCCACCUUAUGUUAAGUUAAAAGUAAACAAACCGGUUGGUAAUGUAAAACCAGCAGAAGUUGAAAGCAUUGUGGCGUGUGAUUGCGAUGCAGAAUGGGAAAAUCCAUGUGCACCGGGGACAGAUUGUCUCAAUCGAAUAUUGUUGGUUGAGUGUAGUCCUGGUAUUUGUCCAGCUGGGCCCAAAUGUAACAAUCAAGCGUUCGUACGAAGACAAUAUCCAGCAAUGGAACCAUUUCAUACUGCAGGACGUGGUUGGGGUCUUAAAAGUUUAGAACUUAUUAGAGCGGGACAAUUUGUCAUCGAAUAUGUAGGUGAAGUUAUAGACGAGGCUGAAUACAAACGAAGACUACAUAGGAAAAAGGAGUUGAAAAAUGAAAAUUUUUACUUCUUAACCAUAGAUAAUAACAGAAUGAUUGAUGCAGAACCAAAGGGUAAUUUAAGUCGAUUCAUGAACCAUUCAUGUUCACCAAACUGCGAAACACAAAAGUGGACAGUAAAUGGAGAUACGCGUAUAGGUCUGUUUGCACUGUGCGAUAUUGAUCCCGGUGAAGAAUUGACGUUUAAUUAUAAUUUAGCUUGUGAUGGAGAAACUCGAAAGCCUUGCCUUUGUGGUGCACCAAAUUGCAGUGGGUUUAUAGGUUUAAAAGUUCGAUAUUGUCAAUUAUAUAAUACUUAGAAUAAUUUAUUAUUUCAAAAGUUUCACUAUGACAAUAUUAUAAAUAAUUAUUGUGUUAUUAGAUCGAGAAAACAUGUGUUAUGUUGGAGAUGCGGACAAGAAAUUGAAAAAUCAGCAGAAUAUGCCGUUUGCGAUCAAAAGACGUGCAAUAAGAAGUACCAUAAAGCUUGUGUGAUCAUUGAUGAUACUGAUUCGAGAUUCAGUUGCCCUUGGCAUCAUUGCACGGAAUGUGGUCGUAGAACAUCCGCACAUUGUUCUUUUUGUAGCGCUGCCUUUUGUCAAGUACAUCUGGAUGGAAAUCUAUUCGAGUAUGGUGAAAAAGGUGGUUUUGUUUGUAAGCUACACGAAAGUAUGGAUAUGCAAAGAUCAUCUGUCGAAGAUGAAAAGGAUUAUUCGGACAAUGAUACCGAAACAGACAAAGAAUAUUCUUCUACAGGUACCAACAGUCCAUUGAUGACAAUGGAAAAGUCAGUACCACGCGAACCGUCACCAAGAGUCUCCAUAGUAGAGGUUCACCCAAGCAGUGAAGAAAGUGAAGAAUCUCAGAAAGAAGACGAUGAAGAAGUAACACGGUCUACUACUUUUAUGCCUUGUGAAUACAGUUCGAAGAGUACGAAGAGAAAAACAUUACACCGAUUAUCUCUAAGAUUAAAAGAGGAGAAGGAUCAGGUAGAAGAAUUAAAUAAUCUUACAUCUAGUCAACUGGAAGCCAUAAUCGGUGGCAGUCUAUUCGAAUGA